UAUUAAAGAUAUUCAUUCUAUUAAACUACUUUCUAAUUAUGUUACAUCAUUAAUUUAUUUAAGUAAUAAUGAUGCUAUUAUUUAAAAAAAUAUUAUUUGGAAAUCAAAUUGUAUUGUAGAAUCAUUUAAAUUAAACAAAAAAAGAAUAAAUGAAUUAUUUAUAUAUAAAUAAUUGUCCAUUCAAUACAUUUACAAUAACAACACUAUUAAGAGUGAUUAAUAUUUUUUUAAUACAAUAUCUAAUAAUUGCUCGUAAACAAUGUUUUAAUUUAGAACAUGAAUUAGAAUAUUGUUCUAGAAAGCAUAAAGUUCAUAUACCAACAAGUCAAUUAUCUGGUUACAGUUUUGGUUAUGGUUCAUUAAAUGAUACAGAAUAUAUGUGCCGUACUCGAUGGCACAUAUUGGUAUUUCACUGUAUGAGGAAAAGAGCAGAGGAAUCAUGUAAUCAUUCCGAUGAAGAGAAAUUUCGACAAAUUAUAUGGUCCAUUUCUCUAGAUACAAGAAAAUUUGAGAAAGCUGCUGCAUAUAUAUGUCAUGAACAUAAUUUGAGAAUUUUACGUGAACAUCAGUAUAGAUGUUUAAAACAACAAGAGAAAUUAGCUGAACAAUGUGCAGUUCAUAGAAAUGAAACAAUUAAAGAAGUUGUACUAGCAUUACAUAAUCAAUCUAGUCGAUUAUUAUCUAGUCCUAAUGAAUAUUAUUCUAUCAUUAAACACACAUUAACAUCAUAUGAAUGCAAAUCUCUACGAACAAAAUUAGAUUGUUUAUAUAAUAUAUUACACAAUGCAUGUCCAUCCAAUGCAGUACGAUUAAUAAUGAAUUAUUUUAAAGAGACAUUACCGGAUGGUUGUACAUUUAAUUAUGAAACAAGAUUAUCAAAACAUUUAGAAUUAUUACAAAUGACAAAUUUAAUUAAUAAUGAUGAAAAUAUAGAUGAAAUGAAUAUGAGAAAACAAACUGUUAUAAAUAAUUUGAAUCAGAUUAAAGCAGGUCCAAUUAAAUCGGUAAAAAAUUAUGCUUAUUUAAUAAGUUAUAAUUAUUUAACUAUAACACUUAUUAUCUAUACAUUAAUAUGUAUUAACCACUGAACAUCUCUUCUUUGUCAGCUUCUUUUUUUAAUUAAUUAACUUAUUUGUUUAUAUUAUAUCCGUAUAAUAUCAAUGAUGAAUGAAAUGGUCAUCUAUUAUAGAGUAUACUUUCUGUAAAUAACCAUUUGAAUCUAUAUUGAUCAACAUAUAAGGCAAGAGUUCAAAAGUAUCAAUGAAUUUGUUCUAUAUUGUAUAUAUAAAAAAAAUGAAUCUUCUAUACCUUUAUGUAUCAGAUUAAAUUGUAUUCAUUAAAAUUGAUGUAAAUAUAGUUUUUAUUUUUCUUUUUUUUUGUUGAACAAAAAGUACUUUCAAUCUAGCAGAUUACACAAAUUAAAU